AGUUCGAUAAUACGAAUAUAACUCUGAACGGAAAUAGAUGUUUUUAUAAAUUUAAUAUUUUUCUUUUAUUAGAAAAUGUCACUUCUAACUUCUCGAAGUGAAGUAUCAAGGUGCCUUCUAAAUGAAGAACUAGAUCUAAGUCUUUUGAAGCCUUUAACAACGGAAAAUGAGGCAGAGAGCGAUAAUAAACCUCCUGAAGAUACCAACAGCUGCGAUGAUUUUGAAAUGCAAACCUUCUCAGACAGUUCUACUGAUGAAGAAGCUGAUAAAUACAAUGAAUAUUACUUUGAAUCCGACGCGUUAGUUUACAGAGACUGUAAAGAUUAUCGGAAAUUGUUAUCUACGAUGGCUAUUCUAGAAGCUCAAAAAGUUCAAGCUCUUAAAGACAUUGACUAUCUUGCUAAUUUGAAGCGGAAAGCUAUUGAAAACCCAACUGAUUUUUGUAAGGAGUUGCAGAAAGAAUCUAUAAAAAUACCCAAAUUUCAAAAUAUCUGGAAAGUGCCUAAAAUUGAAUGGAGCAAAUAUGAAACUAGCCUUGAGGAGGACCGUAUCAGAGAGAAAUUUGAAAUGGAGGAGAGAACUAAAGAAAAAGAGAGGAUUUUCUUAGAGCGAGAAGGUCAUGUUGCUACAAAAGAAGAGGUAAACGAGGAGGAGGAAAGUGAUGAUUCGAAGCAAAAAACAGUCUCCUAUAAACAACCAUGGACUGAAUUAGAGCAAAGGAAAUUAGAAGAACUGUUAACUAUAUAUCCAUCAGAAGAAGUAGAAGCCAGAAGAUGGGAAAAAAUUGCUCGAGCCUUGGGCAAUAGAACAACCCUGCAAGUUCAAUCAAGAGUUCAAAAAUAUUUUAUCAAAUUAGCUAAAUCAGGUUUACCAAUUCCAGGAAGAGUUCCUAAUGUAACGAAUACGUUUAGAAAAAUUAAACCAAGGGCUAAAUUUCUACAACAAGCCUUAAAUUUAAAUUCAACUUUUAUGACAUCCUACCAACUACCUCCAGCUUUGAAAAAUGAACCCUUCAGUCAAUCUGUUAAGGAUGAACCAGAUAGAGAAAUUGCAAGCGAGACUGAAACUUCAAAAGAAUCUACAACUAGUAAAAAGGAAGAAAAUGAAUUAAAUAACUUAAUAAAACUAAAAGAAAACAUUCUGAAAGAAGUACGAAAGAACAACGAUUCAGUUCACCGAGGUUAUGAAUGUAGCAAAUGUAAACAGAAUCCUAUUCGAGGGGUUCGAUGGAGCUGUAAGGAUUGUUCACCAUCACAAAAUGUUAAUUUGUGUUCAACUUGUGCUAACGAUGUAUACGAGACGCCGUCACAUAGCAUUUUUCACUCUUUUGACGAAAUCUUAUUUCCUCUUCAGAUCAAAUAA